AUGAGUCGUGGUAGUGGAGGUGGCUACGAUCGUCACAUAACCAUUUUCUCUCCGGAAGGUCGUCUUUUUCAAGUCGAGUAUGCGUUCAAGGCUGUGAAGGCAGCUGGAAUAACCUCGAUUGGUGUGCGUGGGAAGGACUCGGUUUGUGUUGUUACACAGAAGAAAGUUCCGGUUCGUACAAUUAGCUUAUUUUUCCCUUCUUUUUAG